AUGCGAGGCUGGGUGUUCCUGGGUGCCGUUGGGCUGUUUUAUCAGGACUGGAGGAGAGUCCCCCUCGGGACUCUUGCAGGAUUAUGGGCCAGAGGAGGACACUCCCAGAGUGGUGUGGUGGAGGCCUUGUUCUUUGUCAAGGAUCUCAAUGACCCCAUCUCCAUCUGGUGCGAGAUAGAUGAGAAGAGCAAGGAGAUGCUCAUAGCUCCUCCUACGGAGCAGCCCCUGAUGCUGCUCACGUUCCCAGGGCUGAGCCCGUGGAGGACAUUGCCCCGCAUGGGCCUCAGCGACACUGGCUUUGACAUCUAUGAUGUUGAACGACAAACCUUCUUUCCUGCAUCAAUGCUUGAAGAUGAAACCCCUGUCCUACACCUCCCCCUACGCCAAAUUCCUACCUUCAAGCUUGGCCAUAUGAUGAUGCUGAAUCGGACACUGAUGAAGAGCCCAUGCACGGCAAAACUGAGGGUGUGGCGAGCCAGAACAGCUUUGUGGCUCCUGCAUGCACUCAUGUUGCCAGCAGACAAGGUGGAUACCUCAGCUGACCUGGAGCUUGCAUGCAGCGAGGCAGGCAAGCCUGGUGUUCAGUCUGACUCACAUUCUGACUCCGAGUUGGACACUGCUCAGCUGGUGAACGAGUCGAAGGAGGCCAAGAGGGCGCGCCUGAUUGAUGCUGUGCUCACAGCCCUCAAUGCAUCAGGCCUCAAGCCCAAUGGAAAGCCAGUCAUGUCUAUCUGCAGUGCUGCCAAGGUGUAUGGUCUUGUGCCUUCCACUUUGAAGGACCACUACAUCAGGAAGAAGACACACACAGAGGUGCACAUCCCACACAACACAAGUUGA